AUGACACGGCCAUGUCUGCCUCUGUUGCGACACGUCGCCAGAAGAUGCUUCUCCCAGUCGUCCGUCCGCCGUGAGCUUCGCGACAUUGCUGCUCUGCCAGACCGCAUCCGCCCUUCGUAUCAAGGCCCAUCUCAGNAGACAAAACACCAGGAUCUCCUAUCGCUACAAUGGCCUCAGCCACCUCGCAAUAUCCUAAUCGUGCACAAGACUGGCUCUGACGCCGUCGCUGAAGCCGUCCACGAAUACGCCAACCACAUCCAUUCGACUUACCCUGACGUCUCUCUCAUCUUCGAGCCCAAGGUCGCCAAAGCCCUGCAUACCGACUUCUCUUUCCCCAUCUACACCACUACAGAUGAGUCCACGGAUGCUCGUCUGCAGGACAAGGUCGAUCUGACCUCAACCCUCGGCGGUGACGGCACAAUUCUUCAUGCUUCGUCUCUGUUCGCGAAUGCCCGGAAUGUGCCCNCCAUUCUCUCCUUCAGCAUGGGUACCCUAGGCUUCCUUGGAGAGUGGAAGUUCUCCGACUAUAAGCGAGCGCUUCGUGAAGUCUACAUGUCAGGCGCAACAGCAGGCUAUGGCAGUGCUCUUCUGGAAACAGAGUCUGGACAACAANAAGACGUCUUAUCAGGCUGGAGUUCUGUCCGUGGUAUGUCCAUGGGUCCAUCACGCUCCUCCCGCGUGCUUUUGAGGAACAGACUGAAGGUUGGUGUCUUCGCUGCAGAUGGCACUCCCAUCACCCAUGCCGAUCCCUCGGCACCCAUGUGUUCUUCCGACUGCGAAGCCAACAGUAAUUGUGAUGUUUUUGCCAUGAACGAGGUUCUGCUCCAUCGCGGUCGUACACCACACCUCAGUAUCAUAAAUAUUUAUGUUGGUGGUCGAUUCUUGACUGAAGCAGUAGCCGAUGGCCUGCUAAUAAGCACACCCACCGGCUCGACAGCUUACUCUUUGUCCUCAGGCGGCAGUAUAGUUCAUCCCCUUGUCUCUUCCCUGCUCCUCACUCCCAUUUGUCCACGAAGUCUCUCCUUCCGCCCACUUGUCCUUCCUGCCAAUACGCCUAUAACCCUGCGGCUGUCUCCUAAGAAUCGCAGCGACGAAAUCGAACUGUCCGUCGAUGGAGUGCGGAGGGAGAAAGGAUUGACACGAGGCAUGGAAGUCAGAGUCGUCGGAGAGGAAGUCAGGAGCGAGGAAAGGACUUGGGGCGGUGGUGGUGUGCCGUCUAUCGUAAGGACUGGAGGUGCCAAUGGUGCUGAAGGCCAUGAUCAUUGGGUUGGUGGCUUGAAUGGUCUCCUAAAAUUCAACUUUCCUUUUGGCGAGGAGUGA